AUGUUUGUCCCGGACGGGAUUCGAACCCGUGUCUCCUGCUAUCUCACAUGGAUCAUGGGAAGCAGACAAGCUAAACCACUGCUCUACCGAGACGGUGAUCGACUGAGCCACCGAGGCCGACCCUCUCGCCCUCCCUUCCGUCUUUCUCUUUUGAUGUCGAGGGCGGGCGAUGGGGCUGCUAUGAGCCCGAUUGCGCCCAUACCGGUACCGGUAGUCCUCUCAAGGCGCAAAGCGCCGGGGAGGGGCAGAUUAAACACCGCAAACGAAAUGUUGCAGCGCGAAGACGUACCCCCUGGAUCCAGCUUCACAGCCGCAGAUACAAUGGACGACGACAUUGCUUUCGCGGGGGAGAACUUCGUGAACGAUGAUCUCGACGAUGUUUUUGGAUCCGCGCCUCCUUCGCCUUCCCACCCCGCAGCAGCGCAGGGCAACUUCGAGCCGUCUGACAUCCCGCGAUUGAGGGAGAAGCAUGAGACGGAGGGCUAUCGGGACGGGGUCACGAAGGGGAAGGGGGAGAGCGUGCAGGCUGGGUUUGAUGAGGGGUACGCGCUGGGCGCUGUGUUGGGUUUGCGCAUUGGCAAGAUUCUCGGCAUGCUAGAGGGCAUAUUGGCGGGUGUGAAGGGGAAGGAGAUAGGCAAGGAGAUGGAGGCUGAGAGGGUGCGGGUGGAGAGGCAGUUUGAUGAGGCGAGAGGGGAGUUGAGGACCGAAGUCGUUUUUGGGAGGGAGUUUUGGGGGGAGGAUGGGGUGUGGCGGUUCGAGGUGCCGGGGGACGGAAAGGAGGGAAGCGAGGUGGUUUUCAGCGAUGUGGCGGGUGCGCACCCGCUCGUGAGAAAGUGGGAGGGGUUGGUAGCGGAGGAGGUUAGGAGAUGGGGGCUGGAUUUGGGGAUAUUGGAUGGAGAGGGUGGAGAGGAGGAGGUGAUGGGUGAGAAGAAGAAGGGGGCAAUGUCGAAGACGGUGGGUAAGGGGGAGAUGGAGAGCGAGGCCGUUGCGGCAGGCAUGGCGAAGGCUAUGGGGAUUCAGAAGAAGGAUUUGGCUUGGUGA